AUGUCGGCCGCCGAGCCUAGCUACAACACCCAUGCCGGCGAGCAACAUCACCCGGACUGGCCCUCCGAUGAGGAAAAAGCCACAAACUCGCUAGCCAACGACGACAACGAGAAAGUCACACCUCCCGCCACCGCAGACGCACAACAUGCGCCACCACAACAACACCCUCCGCCAACACAACAAGGACCGCCGGACGGGCCGCCUCCGAAUGGUGGUACUACUGCGUGGUUCCAGGUGCUUGGGUCGUGGAUGCUGACUACCCUGACACAAUCCAGCUUCUUCAAUACAUGGGGUAUCCUGAACACUUUCGGAGUGUAUCAGACCUAUCACGAAUCCGGCAAGUUGUACAUCGAGUCUAGUAGCUCGAUAUCAUGGAUUGGAGCCAUUCAGGCCUUCGUGGUACUUUCCGUCGGCGCUUUCGUAGGACCGAUCUAUGACCGCGGAUACUUCAGGGCCCUGCUGCUUGUGGGCGGGUCUCUGAUUGUGUUUGGGCAUAUGAUGUUGAGUCUGUGCCAUGAGUUCUGGCAGUGCUUGCUUGCUCAGGGGUUCGUGAUUGGAAUUGGUGGAGGAUGUUUGUUCGUGCCUUCUGUUGCAAUCCUGCCCAGUUACUUCAGUACGAUGAUCGGGAUGGCGAUGGGGAUUGCGGCGAGUGGGAGUUCGAUGGGAGGUAUAAUUUACCCUAUCAUGUUCUACCGCCUCACCAACCAGGUUGGCUUCGGCUGGAGUGUUAGGAUUCUGGGCUUUACUGCACUUGCCACCCUGCUCGUUCCCAUCUUCCUCAUGAAGCAGAGAGUCAAGCCACCCAAGCCGAGAUCCAUCAUCGAUUACACGGCCUUCACCGACAUCCCAUACAUGACUUUCACGAUAGGCUGUCUGGUUGGCUUCGUGGGCCUGUACGUCGCCUUCUUCUACACCUCAUUCUACGGCGAAUCGACUGGCUACACAGACACGAGUCUAUCCUUCUACCUGGUGCCAAUCCUCAACGCGGGCUCGGUCUUUGGACGUACACUUCCGAACAUUCUGGCUGACAAGAUCGGACCUACCAAUAUCAUCGUGCCAGGAUCAGCCUGUGUCGGCAUUGUGCUACUUUGCAUGAUCGCGGUCCGAAAUGCUGGAGGACUCAUCGUCGAAGCGCUACUGUUCGGGUUCUUCUCUGGCAUUUUCAUCGCACUUCCCCCAGUGCUCUUCGUUGCAUUGACCAAGGACAAGAGCAAAGUCGGGACCUGA